AAGAGUUCAAAGGCGGAUUGGUUGAAUGAGAUAAAAAUGUUGUCUUACGUUAUAAGUAAUUUGUAGGCAGAAACGAAGCUUAAGUAUUUCAUAUUUCUCUUAAAAUUGGUAAUGUUUAGCUUCACACUCAACAGGUAACUAUGAAAUCAUCAGGAACACUCUUUCAAUUCUAUAACUGUAGAAUUCUACGGAGCUCACGCAUAUAUAAAGAAGAUCUUUGGGUUAGAGACUCCAAAAUUGUGAAUCCAGAACCAAUAUUUUAUGAUGAAAAAAUUGUAGCUGAUGUGAAGAUUGACUGCAAAGGAGCCUUGAUUGCCCCUGGAUUUAUUGACUUACAAAUAAAUGGGGGAUUUGGUGUUGAUUUUUCCACUGGGAACUAUAAUGUACCUCAGAAUCCUGUGAUUAAAGUUGCAUCAGGGCUACUUCAACAUGGGGUAACUUCAUUUUGUCCUACUGUUAUCACUUCCUCUGAUGAAACAUAUCACCAGAUAAUCCCAUUUAUCAAGAAACAAAAUGGAGGCAAAUAUGGAGCUGGAGUAUUAGGAGUUCAUGUUGAGGGUCCUUUUAUAAACAAAGAAAAAAAAGGAGCUCACCCAGUGCAAUACAUCAAGGAACUUAAGAAUGGGUAUUCAGAUAUUAUAAAUACAUAUGGAAACACUGAAAAUAUUUGUUUGAUUACCAUAGCACCUGAAUUAGAUCCAGAUGGUAUUGUUAUUUCAGAACUGGUGACACAAGGAAUCACUGUUUCACUUGGUCACUCUAAUAGCAGUCUCUUGCAAGGUGAAACUGCCAUUCGCCAUGGAGCAUCAUUCAUUACACAUUUAUUUAAUGCUAUGUUACCUUUUCAUCAUAGAGAUCCAGGAUUAGUUGGACUUCUUACAAGCCUAAAAAUACCUAAGGACAAAAAAGUAUUUUAUGGCAUCAUUGCAGAUGGUAAACAUACACAUCCAGCUACUUUAAGAAUAGCAUUUCAUUCAAAUCCUAAGGGUUUAGUAUUAGUAACUGAUGCUAUGUCUGCUAUGGGCCUGAAAUCUGGUUUAUAUUGCAUUGGAGAACAGAAAGUAGAGGUUACGAAUGAUCGUGCAGUAGUUUAUGGAACUAAUACUUUAAGUGGAAGCAUAGCAUCAAUGGAUUUUUGUGUUCGUUUUCUAAUGGAAUCAACAAGUUGUUCACUGGAGCAAGCAAUAGAAUGUGCUACUCUACAUCCAGCACAGGUGCUUGGAAUAACACAUAAAAAAGGAACUUUGGAUUUUGGAACAGAUGCAGACUUUAUACUUCUUGACAAAAACAUUACUGUCCAAGCAACUUAUAUUGAUGGUUUAUGUGUAUGGGAAAAAGGAUUAUAGUUUGAUGCUCACAUGUAUCUGAGUGGUAUCUAAUUUUUAUCAAUUUAGAUUGAUUUUAAUAAAGAAA